CUGAAUAUAAAAACACCUGAUGCACCUUUUCCAGGACACUCACUUCACUGAACGCUGAGCUGAAGCCAUCACAGGAGAGAAAACAGAGGAACAUGGACGUAGCCAGUAGUGGGAAACAGUGGAUCCUCCUGGCAGCAGGUUCUAAAGGCUGGGAAGAUUAUGAUGUGCAGGCCAAUGUGUGUCACGCUUACCAGGUGGCUCACCGCAGCGGCGUUCCAGAUCAGCAGAUUGUGGUGAUGAUGUACGAUGAUGUCGCUUAUAGUCAGCAAAAUCCUUUUCCUGGAAAUAUCAUCAACGCCCCAAACGGUCCUAAUGUUUACCCUGGGGUUCUAAAGGACUACACUGGAGAGGAGGUAUCUGCUGAAAACUUUCUGGCUGUCCUGUGUGGAGAUUCAGCUGCUGUGAAGAAAACAGGAAGGAAAAAAGUAAUAGAAAGUGGUGAAAACGACUCGAUCUUCAUCUACCUAUCAGACCAUGGAAAUAAAGGGAUCUUUCACUUCCCCAACUCCACACUUUAUGCACAUGAUCUCAUUAACACGGUGAAGACCAUGUCCAAGAACCACAAAUUCUCAAAGAUGGUCAUUUAUUUGGAAUCGUGUCAUUCUGGAUCAAUGCUGAAUCAUCUGUCUGACAGCAACGUGUAUGCAGUUUCUUCGUGCAGGCCUGAUGAAUAUACCUAUGCUUGUUUCUUCGACAAGGAAAGAAAUACCUUCCUGUCUGAUCUCUUCAGCAUUAACUGGCUACAGCACAUGGACACAGUAAAACUCACCAUGACUUCAUUUGGAGAGCAGUUUUCCUACCUGGAGAAAAAAGUGAGUAAGGAUGCGAAGAAGGUCGGCGUGGCUGAGACACCGUGUAACUAUGGGGACAAGAGCAUAAUGAAGUUAAUGUUGAGUGAAUUUUUUGGAGGCUCCCCCGGCUCGGUCAGCGAGACCUACACGUCCCAGCUCGUGCAUAUUGAAGUAUCGGAUGUUGUAGACAUUACAGAAGUUCCUCUGAUACUCCAAGAAAACAAGGUGAAAAAUGAACAGGACCCGGAAAAACGUCAGUCCCUGCAAAAGCAAUAUGAGGAUCUUAAAAAUAAGAGGAAGAUGAUGGAUGAGGCACUGCAGAAGAUUGCUGAGCGUACAAACGCUUUACAAGUUCUUACCAGAAAACACGAGGUGACUCGCACUUACGAACUCAAAGUGGUGGCUGAGCAUUUCAAGAAAAAUCUCUUCAACUGGGAGAAGGAGCCGUUUGUUGUCACUCGUUCUCACCUGCAGGUGUUAGUGAAUCUGUGCGAGUGUGGUUUGGAGGUUGAGAGCAUCACUGAAGCCAUCAGUCACGUGAGCCGGGAGAUUACUUUCUGAAAACCUCGUUUUUUUUUCUUCUUACUGCUGAAGCACAAAUAAUCGUGAUGUAUUUCUAACAAGAAAAAAAAGAACUUUUAAUUCUUUAUUGUAACAAAAAUCACACAAAUCCAGUCAUUGACCAAAAUAAAGAACUUGCAAAGAAA